CUAUAUUUUAGGGCUUUUCGAUCACUGACUCACUCCCUCCUUCACUCACUUCGAACGGUAGCUUAACGUGUGAGUAAUUUGUGCAAAUCUCGUAGUAUUAAACUCAAGAGGUCAGGUUUGAAGAAUUUUUUUCUGAAUUUUUCAGUUGAGACCUAUGGAGCCUGAUUCUUGGAAUGGUCGUCUCUCUGCCGCCUCUAAACGUUAUCAAGCCGCCCUACAAUCGCGUUCUGAUCUUUACAUGGGGUUUGAAGAGAUUGAUGGAGAUGAAGAUACGCGGGCAGAGUUUCCUUGCCCUUUCUGUUCGGAGGACUUUGAUAUUGUUGGAUUGUGCUAUCAUAUCGAUGACGAGCAUCCGCUAGAGGCGAAGAAUGGGGUAUGCCCAGUUUGUGCAAUGAGGGUAGGAAUGGACAUGGUUGGACACAUCACUAUGCAACAUGGACAUCUUUUUAAGAUGCAGCGUAAGAGGAGAUUCCGUAAAGGUGGAUCCCAUUCAACCCUUUCAUUAUUAAGAAAGGAGUUGCGAGAAGGAAAUUUACAAUCCCUUCUUGGAGGCUCUUCUCGUGUAGUUUCUUCCUCCAAUACAGCACCUGAUCCAUUGCUCUCCUCGUUUAUCUACAAUCUGCCAAUUGCUGAUGAAUCAGAGAGUGUACAGCCUCUUUCUUCAGCUGAAGCAAGCUCUACCAAGAAAAGUUCAGAGGAGACCGUGGUAGAAAGGAGUAUUCAGUCUUCACCUCCUCUAUCAGAUAAGGAACAAGAGGAGAAGGCUCGGAGAUGCAAGUUUGUACAGGGGCUACUUCUUUCCACGAUUCUUGAUGAUGAUUUAUGAAUUACCAUGGGAGAGCAAGGUUAUUGAGUUUUAGAUUGGCACUCAAUAGGUUCACCAUUAAUGUUGUAUUUUGGUUGAUGUGCCUAGUUCUUAAUGCAGGGAGGGAUAGAGAUAAAGAGAGCAAUGUAAUCUUAUUUAUAAGUGGAAGUAGUUAGCAUAACGGACUCUCGUUUCCCUGUUAUAUCAGGAGAUAUUGUUCAUUAAGGAGGAAAGAACCAACUCAA